ACUACUAACUUCCUAGCAGGCAUACCCAGGUAAAGGCCACAUUCUGGACACAGGAAUUUAAGAGCAGGUGUAUUGAUUCCAGUGCAAUGGAGUUAGAAGGUGCUGCAUAAGUGAAGACCCAGUGGAGGAGCAGUGGAUCAGGAGGAUGUCAGAUCAGCAGAGCGCCCCAGAGCAGCUGGCUGCUGGGAAGAGCCAGGGUGGAGCUGGAGCCACGUACAAGGUGGUGCUGUUUGAGUUCGAGAACUUCCAGGGCUGCAAGGCAGAGUUUUCUGCUGAGUGUAAAGAUGUGACAGAGAAGGGCCUGGAGAAGGUCGGAUCUCUGAUAGUUGAGUCAGGACCCUGGGUGGGUUAUGAUCGACAUGGCUUCUCAGGGGAGCAGUUUAUCUUGGAGAAGGGCGAGUAUCCACGCUGGGACACCUGGACUAACAGCCAGAACAGCUACUCCCUCUUUUCUCUAAGGCUGCUCAAAGUGGACAGUGCAGAGCACAAGCUCCACCUGUAUGAGAACCCCGGAUAUACUGGUAGAAAGAUGGAGAUUGUUGAUGAUGAUGUGCCCAGUUUGUGGGGCCACGGUUUUCAGGAUCGUGUAGCAAGUGUCAAGGCACUUAAUGGAACAUGGGUUGGCUACAUGUACCCAGGCUACAGAGGCCGCCAGUUCAUCUUCGAGCGAGGCGAUUUCAAGCAUUGGAAUGACUGGGAGGCCCCUGCGCCUCAGAUCCAGUCUGUCCGACGCGUGAGGGACAUGCAGUGGCACAAGAGGGGCUGUUUCACCGUUCCUGACCCGGAUCCGGCUCCCGGCCCUGAACCCGACCCCGCCCCAGUACCUCCUGCCCCCCCUGCCUCGGCUGGAGCCAGCUGA